GAGAGCUCGUGCCGAUUUCUAUCAUUUGAGCCAGACCACAACUCGUUUGCAUGCAUUCUGGUCCCACAGCUGGCAUGGUUCCGUUUCAGGAAAGGUUGCCACUUUGUUCUUCCUUACCAAAGCCGGGGCCGCCGCCGCGGCAGGCACAGGAGCAGCAGUUGCUGCGUGCAUCGCUUUCGGAUGUGGCGUGCUUCCCGAUGAUGACGGGCGCAGCUGGUGGUGCUUGAGCUCCGGAUGCCUCGCCUAUUUGCUGACAGUGCUGUUUUGGCGGCCACGGCAGUUAGGCACCUUGAGCUUGGGGGCCAUACUUAAAUGCUCCGAUGCCAUGCUGGUGCUUUGGGAUCCAACUUGGGCUCGUCGACUUUGGUGUGUGUACGAGCUGGCCGCCUUCAUUCGCAGCAGGUCCCCAGGCGAGAAGCCGCGCGUCAACAUCCGACCGACCCUCCUGGGAUUCACCCUGUUUGCAUGCUGGUUUGCAUGCGCACUUGGAGGUUUCGCCUUCGACUUCGCUUUCACUCUACAAACCACCCUUGGAGGGAAUGGUGUUAUCUUCUUUGGGCUUGCUCUUUGUGGAUUAAUUUUCUGGUACAUUGCACACCUCGUGCGUGAGUACUGCCGUGAUGUGACCACAAUGUGCCAGCACAUCGCACGCUUCAGUUUUGCAACAGCUGAAAGCUUCUGCUGCUCUGUAGAGCACAAACACCCCCAUAGCGAAGAACAUCUGAUGUGCGACCGAGAGGUGAUGCAGAGAUGCAUCAACAUUUGGUUUGGUGGCAUCGAAGCUUUCGAACAGCAAGUCCAAGGCGACUUAUACAAGUUGCUGGUGGAUCAGCUUGCCAAUCACAUGGUGUCAUACUGGCGUUUAGCCGAAGCCUCUCCGGUAUUCCUUUGGUUUCAUCUUGACAUUGCGGCACGCGGGCUCAGGCAGUUUAUUUAUUUGGCAGAGGAUGAAGCUCAUUUGAUAUUGGCAAUCAUGCAGCUCCUCUUGGGCCUGUCUUACUGGCUCGGAGUGGUUCCCAUCCUCUGGCGCGUGAUGUUUCGCCUGGCAUGGGCCAUGCAGACAAAGUGUGCCUGUCGAGUACUGGAUUAUACUAAGUCCUUGCUCCUUUUACUGCCAGGGAUCUUCAUCUUCGGUGCCUUCCCCUUUCUCAACUCCUUCCUUUCCGAGCACCUUCUACGUGAUUUGAGUCCCCUUGGUUUCGCACUGAUAACGAUUCCUCUUGCAGCAUUGGUCUGGCGAAACCUGCCAGUACCUGUGCCACGCCACAACGUGAGACUGGCAACAGAGCCACAAGCUCAGUCAGCAAAACUU